AUGACGCGUCCUGACAUUUCUCUCUCUGUGCAAAGUUUGAGCCAAUUCAUGCAAACUCCAAUGAAGGCUCACAUGGCAGCUGCAAAGAAUGUGUUGAGAUAUUUGAAGAGUAACCUAGGACUUAGAAUACUUUUAAGCUCGAGACACAGUACAACGUUGAGGUGCUUCUGUGAUUCAGAUUGGGCAGCAUGUCAUACUACAAGGAGGUCAGUUUCUGGCUAUUUGCUGAAAAUAGGAGACUCCUUAAUCUCCUGGAAGGUAAAGAAGCAAGAAAUUGUCUCCAAGUCUUCGGAUGAAGCUAAAUAUAGAGCACUUAGUGUUGCUAUUUUAGAGGUUAUCUGGGUUUUAGGGGUAAUGAAGGAUCUGGGUUUUCAGAAUGUAGAUCUAGUAAAGGUGUAUUGUGACAGCAAGGCUGCCAUUCAUAUAGCAAAUAAUCCUAUUUUUCAUGAAAGGACAAAACAUAUAGAAGUGGAUUGUCAUUUCGUUAGAGAGAAAUUACAGCAGAAGAUUAUUUCUCUGCACCAUGUUUGUUCAGCAGAACAGGAGGCUGAUGUUCUAACAAAACCAUUGGGAAAGAAAUUACAUGAUAGUUUGAACUUGAGGGGGAGUGUUGAAGAUAUGUAA